GCUUGGAUUUACGAUACCACCCUCACAUAGGCAUUCGCAAGCUGCAAAGAAACCAUCGGGAGAAAGAUUCCAUCAGAAAUGGCGACUCUCACAAACACCUGUUCUCUUAUGCUUCCAACCUCUCUUAAAGCCCUUGAAAAAAAAGAUUUAGGGUUUUCCAGGAAGAACCCAUUUUCAUGGAGAUGUGAUUCCAUGGAAGAUAGGGUGAAAUUUGGACAGAUUUUAUGCAAGCAGUUUGGUAGCAAAACUGAAAACCCUAGGAAUUCUCAGAGCAAGAUUGACGAGUACAACACAGCUAUGAAGAGGCUCAUGAGGAACCCAUAUGAAUAUCAUCAUGAUUUAGGCAUGAAUUAUACGUGUAUAAGUGAGGGCUUAGUAGUGGGUUCUCAGCCUCAGAAACCAGAAGACAUAGAUCACCUGAAACAGGAAGAAAAUGUUGCUUACAUUCUGAACCUUCAGCAGGAUAAGGAUGUAGAAUAUUGGGGAAUCGACCUCAUUUCAAUUGUUAAGAGAUGCAAAGAACUUGGUAUCCGUCAUAUGAGAAGGCCUGCUGGAGAUUUUGAUCCUAAUUCUUUGAGAAGAGAAUUGCCAAAAGCAGUUUCUUCGCUGGAAUGGGCUGUAUCAGAGGGACCCGGAAGGGUUUAUGUUCAUUGUACAGCAGGGUUGGGGAGGGCUCCUGCGGUUGCAAUUGCUUAUUUGUUCUGGUUUUGUGACAUGGAUCUGAAUACGGCGUAUGAAUUGCUUACUUCAAAGAGGCCUUGUGGACCAAAUAAGGACGCUAUUAGAGGGGCGACAUAUGAUCUGGCAAAGAAUGAUCCGUGGAAGGAACCCUUUGAGAGCCUUCCUGAUCAUGCUUUCUCGGGUGUUGCUGACUGGGAAAGAAGUUUGAUUCAAGAGAGAGUUCGAGCCCUUCGUGGUAGUUGAGCAGGCAGAAUGAUAUGUGCUCUUAGUUCCACAAAACCAUCAAUAAUAUGGAGCAUGGCCAGUUAAAAGGUCAUUAAUGCGAUAAUUCAACCAAAUUCGGUGGACAAUACUCUGGAAUGUUAAUUGUUAUUGAUUUUUCUUUCAAUUCUCUACUAAAGUUGUUUUAUUACUUAAAACGGAAAACAGUGAGUUGUUAUAUUGUGAUUUCUUUAAAUUUCAAUGAGAAAUGAACUGGUUGUUCUAAUGUUUGGCAUGGAUCUCUUUUGACUUAUGUUGUAAAUUAAUCAGGAUUGGAUUGGUUGUAGCCACUAAUGAUCGAUUUCUAUAAUUGGAUGCAAAGUUUUUCUCUUCUUGAAAGAUGCAUUGUAUCAGGGGUGUGCGCAACUCAACCUAGUCCACUCAUCUUGACCAAGAGCCGAGUGUCUUGGCUGAGGUGAUUCCAAACCAUUGAUUUCCAUCCUCAAGAACAAGAGAUCAAAGCAGGUGGCUGCCAUGAACAUCCCAAGAAACGAGAGAUUGGGGCCCUCUAGUUUCAUGGAAGAGAGUGAGACUGAGCAACAAUGAUUUCUCAGAGAUGCAUCGAUGGUGAAACAAGAGGAAGCCAAAGAAAGCGCUAUUUCGGAUGGCAAAAAUUGCUUUAAGGAGUUUUCAAUGGCAAAAAUUGCUUUACGGAGUUUUCAAACAUGUAUUUGAGAAAUUUACGCCAAUUACCAUUACUAGGAAGAGCCCCUCCAAUUUUUGUUUUUAAAUGCAAGACCUUUUUUUUUCUAUCGUUUUUCUAUUCCCAAAUUGUCACCAUUUUAGAUCUUCAAGAUUCUAAUUGACUAAUUAUUUUA